UGGGGUUCCAGUGUAUACCUUUGUUACAAGAAGUCUGUGCCAGCUUCUAACUCUUUAGAAAAUAAAGCUGGCUUAAUUUUCAGAUAUCCUCAAGAGAACUAUGAGUCAUUCCCACUGUCAGAAUCUGUACCUCUCUUCUGCCUUCCUAUGGGAGCUACUAUUGAGUGCUGGGACCCUCAAACCAAAUACCCACUACCAGUGUUCUCAACAUUUGUACUGACCUGCUCUUCUGCAGAAAAGGUUUAUGGUGCUGCUAUUCAGUUUUAUGAGCCUUAUCCCCGGGAGCUGCUAACAGAAAAACAACAAUGGCAGCUGGGUCUCCUGACAGCUGUAGAGAGGAAAGUGGUUACUUCCAAGUCCAUCAAUUCCAACAAAUGCAUCUGCCUUCUCUCACACUGGCCUUUCUUUGAAGCAUUUCGAAAAUUUCUUAUGUUCAUCUACAAACUCUCUGUCUCUGGACCUCAUCCUCUUCCCAUUGAAAAGCACAUAUCCCAUUUUAUGCACAAUAUACCUUUCCCUUCACCACAAAGGCCAAGAAUUCUUGUGCAACUUUCUGCCCAUGAUGCAUUAAUAUUGUCUCAGCCGGUUUCUACACCAUUGCCAUUAAGUGGUGACUUUUUUUUUUUUUUUCCUAGCACUCUGCUCAUGAAUCUUGGACCGGAAAACUGUGCCACUCUGUUACUCUUUGUAUUACUAGAAGGCAAGAUCCUCCUCCAUUCUCUUCGACCAGCUGUGUUGACAGGAGUUGCUGAAGCUGUAGUAGCUAUGAUAUUUCCAUUUCAGUGGCAAUGUCCAUAUAUCCCCCUUUGUCCUUUGUCUCUGGCCACCGUACUCAGUGCACCUCUUCCAUUUAUUGUUGGAGUUGAUUCACGAUACUUUGAUCUGUACGAUCCACCACAGGAUAUUGUGUGCAUUGACUUAGACACAAACAUGGUGUACAUAUCAGAUGAUAAGAAGAGCACCAACUGGAAGCAGUUUCCUAAGAAGCCAUGUAAAAGUCUGCUCAGCACCUUAAAGAAACUGCACCCACAGCUGGCAGCAGUUCACAGGAAAACUCAAGAAGGCUCUGCAGUGGAGAUGACUCCUAUUGAGGCAGAUUUCUCCUGGCAGAAGAAGAUGAUAGAACUCGAGAUGGAGAUCCAGGAAGCUUUUCUCCGUUUCAUGGCAUCUAUUUUAAAGGGUUACAGAACAUUCCUCAAGCCAAUCACGCAGGCGCCUUCAAAUAAAGCAACUGCUGCUGAUUCCUUGUUUGAUCAUCAAGGAUUUUUAAAAAGCAGAGACCGUGCCUAUACAAAGUUCUACACACAUCUCACCAAAACGCAGAUAUUCAGCCGCUUUAUUGAAGAGUGCAGUUUUGUGAGUGACAAGGAUACUGGCUUGGCAUUUUUUGAUGACUGCAUAGAAAAGCUAUUUCCAGAUAAAGGAACAGAAAAAGGAGAGAAGGUUGAUGUAGAUUCUGUUGAAGAUACACGGUUGAUUGAGCUUGAUGAGUCACAAAAAAGUGAACACACAGUGUUUAUAAUGCCACCAGAACCUCCCACUGAUGAUGGACAGGAUCGAGUGCCAAAAUACAGCUAUAAAAACUUCCCACGACUGGAUUUCAAGCUCUUUGACAGGCCACAGGAACUCAAGCUCUCCUUCAGCAGACACCCAGCUGGAAGCAGCAUUUCAAAUAGUCCAGCCCUUAUGGCAAAGAGGACAAAACAGGAGAUAAAAACAGCCCAUAAGUUAGCCAAGAAAUAUUACGUAAGCCCCCCACAGUGGGCUAAGUGUCUCUUCAGUCAUAGUUACAGCCUAUGGUUUAUUUGUCUGCCAGCCUACAUCAGAGUUGCACAUCCCAAGGUCAAAGCACUGCAGCAGGCAUACGAUGUCCUAAUUAAAAUGAGGAAAACUGAUGUGGAACCACUAGAUGAGGUCUGCUACAGAGUUGUAAUGCAGCUCUGUGGACUGUGGGGUCAACCUGUUCAAGCCGUGAGAGUCCUCUUUGAAAUGAAAAAUGCUGGAAUACAGCCAAAUGCCAUUACCUAUGGUUAUUACAAUAAGGCGGUUUUAGAGUCUCCUUGGCCUAGCAGUAACCGCAGUGGCAUAUUCCUGUGGACAAAGGUACGAAAUGUAGUUCGUGGCACAGCACAAUUUAGGCAGUGCUUAAAGAAAUCAACGCAGAGCCCACGAGUACCUGUGACAUCAGCUCUGCGGAGUACCACGGGUGGAAGUGAUGGGGACAUGGUGAGCCAUGGUAGCGUGGAUAGUUCUAAUGAUGCUAACAGUGGGGAGCACACUCUCUUCGUCAGUGACUUAGUCAGGCUUGAUUCCAUUGAUAAUCACUCUAGCACAGGUGGUCAGUCAGACCAGGGGUACGGAUCCAAGGAUGAACUUUUAAGAGAUGAUGGGAAUAGUCUUCAUGCAACUGAAACACAAGUAGACAAAGAUAUUUCUUCUAAAGUGGAAGACCUAAUAGGAGAGGUUUGUACUGAGAAAUCUGAUGAAAAGCAACAGCUGAAUAUGGAAACUCAUAGUCCAACAGACCCACCUGCUUGGGGUAACAGUAUUGUGAAAGUUCCAUCUGGCAUUUUUGAUAGCAGUGGAAGGAAAAGCAGUGGUGAGCAUCUUGAGAAUGGAAGAGAUGAAAACAUGACCACAGUGGAAGACAUGAACCUUGAACAGUCAACUGAGUCCAAAAACCAGAAAACAGAAUCCAAAGAUGCCACUACUAAAAGGAAUAGCUUUUAUGGAGUGGUUAAGCCUAUUGAAAGGGAAGAUGUUGAAGUAGGCUUGGACCCUUUGUCUUUGCUGGCUACUGAUGGCAUGCCACCAAGGCAUCCAGAACCUGAGGAAAAGUUGGUAUCACCAGUUGCAGCACGUAAUUUAGCAGAUGAAAUAGAGAGCUAUAUGAAUCUGAAGAACCCAUUGGGUAGCAAGUUUCCCAGCAUGGAACUGCACAAGCCAGACAGGGAAGCCGAAGCCUCUGGUACAUUUGGUCACUCACAAGAAAGGAGGUCAAGCCUGCCUUUGGAUUCCGUCCUGCCACCCCCCAAGUCUUACGAAAACCAGAGAAGUCCUUCUGUCUCUAGAUCCAAAACAUUCACUGGACGACCAAAGCAACAAACCCAUCCACGAGUUCAAAAGGAGCGGUCUUCAUCUUUGACAGGACUGGGUCGUUCUUCUCCACAUGGCUCGUUAGGAUCUGUUGUAACAACUUUAUCCAGUCUGAAGUUAGACAACAUACUGUCUGGACCAAAAAUGGAUGUUCUGAAAUCAGGCAUGAAGCAGGCUGCCAAUGUGGCGAGUAAGAUGUGGGGAGUUGUAACUUCAGCAUAUAGUUACUCAGAUGAUGAGGAAGAAAACAAUCGACCAGACUUUAACUUCCCUGCUGGCUUUGAAGAUAAUAUUUUAGGAGAUAAUCUGUCAUCAAGAACUGGAGUCCCAGGGCUGAUUACGAAUGAGCUUGCCCAAAGCACUACUAGUCUUGGCAGUAGCAGUAGCAGUGGAGAUGCAGGAAGACAGCAUUACAGUGCAGGUGAAGUUUCAUUCCCAAGAAGUAUGAAAGUUCUAGAUUCUGAGAAGUCAGAGCACAGCUCUUCACAUAAUACUAGUUUAUCCAGCAUUUUCCAGAACUAUGCAAUGGAGGUAUUGAUGUCAAGCUGCUCUCAAUGUAGAGCUUGUGGUGCUUUGGUUUAUGAUGAAGAAAUUAUGGCUGGAUGGACAGCAGAUGAUUCAAACUUGAACACUACCUGUCCUUUCUGUAAAAGUACCUUCCUGCCUUUACUUAACGUUGAAUUUAAAGACCUACGUGGCUCUGCAAGCUUUUUCCUGAAGCAAAGUACCUCAGGAGAUAGUUUACAGAGUGGUACCCUUCCGUCAACCAUGGAUCCCCUGGAGCAGAAACUGUUGUCCAGUCCAGCUGUUGCUGACUUGAUCAGUUUUUCAGAUCACCCACAGUCCAGCCACACCAUAGCUGAAGAAACUGGCUCUGCAGCUGAGCAGAGUGAUGUGGCAGAAGAACAGAGUACAGAUCCCGUAACCAUGAAGACAUCUACCAAUAAUCCACCAAAAAGGGGAGUGUCCUUGACUCGGAGCCACAGUGUUGGAGGUCCACUGCAAAACAUUGAUCUUUCCCAGAGACCAUCCCAUGGGAUUUCAACAGUUAGCCUUCCAAAUAGUCUGCAAGAAGUUGUGGAUCCUUUAAUAAAAAGACCUAACCCUCUCCCUGUAUCUGUACCCUACUUGAGCCCUUUGGUACUGCGUAAGGAGCUUGAAUCACUGUUGGAAAACGAGGGAGAACAAGUAAUUCAUACAUCCAAAUUCAUCAAUCAACACCCCAUAAUUUUCUGGAACCUGGUUUGGUAUUUCCGACGGUUGGAUCUACCUAGCAACUUACCUGGACUCAUUCUAACAUCUGAACACUGUAAUGAUGGAGUGCAGCUUCCUUUGACAUCUCUUGCUCAAGAUAGCAAGCUAGUAUACAUCCAUCUUCUGUGGGACAAUAUCAACCUCCACCAAGAGCCAGGGGAGCCCCUGUAUAUGUCUUGGAGAAAUCUCAAUUCUUCUGAAAAGAGACCCUCCACGGUGGCACAAGAUCAGCAGGCAACAAACACUUUGUUGGAGAACAUCAAACUAAGUAUUCAACACAAUGACGUUAUUAAACCAAUCAAUCUCCUUCUACAGAAAGUUAAGCCAGAUGUGAAACGACAGAGGAGUUUUUACAGAGAAAUUCUUUUCCUGUCUCUGGUGUCUCUUGGGAGAGAGAACAUUGACAUUGAGGUCUUUGAUCAUGAAUACAGAAUUGCACAUAAAAGUCUACCAAAGGAUGUUCUUGAAAAGAUGCAGAAAAUAGAUGCGCCACCAAGCAGCAGGGUUGAGUGUUGUAGGAAGUGCUUUGGAGCACCUUUAAUAUAAAAAUGAGGAAGACACACGCUAAACUUCAGUGAGACAAGAGUAAAGGCAAACAAACCAGGAGCAUGGUGAAAUAUACACUUUGAAUCCCAAAAGGUGAUAAUUGAGCAAUUUGUCAAAGCAAUUUCAUUGAGCUACAAUAUA